AUGCCCCUCCCUGAGGCCUUCCCCGCAAUCCAUACUGUCCUCAAUCAGUACCUGGUAUUCGACUUCAAUUGGCCUGCCAUUCAUGCCCUAGUCUCCGUCCUCUACUACUUCGCCUUGGAGCCAACUGCGGCCAUGCUGUAUGUUCCGCAGUUUUCUCUGUCUCUUCUUUCUGCUACUGCUUUUGCCUACGCGGUCCCCGGCGCCAUCAAGUACGCUGCCAUCAUGCACGUCUGUAGCUGGAUUGCCCAGUUCAUCGGGCACUAUGGCCCAGAAGGUCGCUCGCCAGCCCUUCUUGACAACCUCCUUGGCGCGGUCGUCUUGGCCCCCUUCUUUGUUCACUUGGAGAUAUUAUUCGCGCUGGGCUAUAAGCCUCAGUUGCACAAGGAGCUCAAGAAUAGCAUUGGGGUAGAGAUCCUCAAGAUCCAGCGCGCAAAGAAAGCAGCCUAG